AUGACUUAUUCCGAAAAACAACCCUUGUUAGAAUACAGCAAAAAGAUUGCUGAUGAUCAUGAAGUUUCAGUCAGAUCAUUCAACUUUCCCAUUUUCGAAAACACAUUAUCCUUAUUCAACUCCAUUAAUCCUUUCCAAAACUGUUUAACUCCUUUGACUCGUAAGGUUUCAGAUAUACUGCUUAAUGAUACCGAUGAUAUUGAUGUUGAUAGUGAUUAUAACUUAUCUGAUGAUGAAGACACACCAUUACCUGAUUUACCAUAUGAAUCGGAUGAUUUCCCUAUUCUUUUACCGAGCUCAAAGUUAUCCCAAAGGGAAAAAUUAUAUGAAUUAAGGAAGUUAAUGAAGGAGUAUAAUAUCGGGACAUAUAUUAUUCCAUCUGAAGAUGAACAUCAAUCGGAAUAUACUUCAUUAUCUGACAAACGCAGAGAGUAUAUAACUGGAUUUACCGGAAGUGCAGGAAUUGCUAUUGUUACUUUGACCAACGCAAACACUUUAACUGGUGAAGCAAUAUUAUCAACGGAUGGAAGAUAUUUUUUACAGGCAGAAAAGCAAUUAAAUCCAAGAUUAUGGAAGUUGUUUAAACAAGGUGCUACUGGUUAUAAACCAUGGCACGAAUGGAGUGUUGAAUCUGCUUCCAAGAAUGGAUUUAGCAAAGUGAUUUCCUGUGACCCAAGAGUGGUCAGUUUAUCAAUUGGUGAAUAUUUUGACAAACAGGCUAAAUUUCAUAAAUCAUUCCAAUUCAAACCAUUAUUGCUGGUCAAUCUUGUUGAUGAAAUAUGGGGUGCAGAAAAGCCGUCUAGACCAUUGGAUCCAAUCUAUGUUUUACCAUUGCGUUACAGUGGAGAACACACCAAUGAUAAAUUAACCAAAAUAAGACAAGCCAUGAAAGAAAAGAAUAGCACUCACUAUGUGGUGUCUGAGUUAGAUAGUAUUGCUUGGUUGUUUAAUUUGAGAGCAGAUAAAGACAUUCCCUUCACACCAGUGUUUUUCGCAUAUGCCUUAGUAACUUUGGAUUCGAUAGUAUUGUAUGUUAAUAACGACAAAUUGCCCAACGACGAUGCACAACUCAAUGAAUAUUUGUCGAGUAUCGAAAAUUUGACAAUUAAAGAUUACAAUGAGUUUUUCAAAGAUGUUUCCAAGUUAAGUGAACUCAAAGAUAAGGAAUCCGUCGUUUUGCCAACAAGAUCAGCAACGUCAUAUGCUUUAUAUGAUACUAUUUCCAAAUCCGUUAACAAGUCACUGUUGUAUCAUGAAUCAAUAAUUGCGAAUUUGAAAAUUUUUAAAAACAAAACUGAACUUUUCAAUGCCAAAAUUGCUCAAUACAAAGAUUCUUUAGCAUUCAUUAUUUUUUCAGCUUGGUUAGACUAUCAGUUGGUCAUUAAAAAGAAAAAAAUAUCAGAAUACGAUGCAGCAUGUAAAAUAUAUUCAAUUAGACAGAAAUUACCCAAUUUCAAAGGGUUAUCUUAUGAGACUAUUUCUUCAACAGGUGCUAAUGCAGCAAUCAUCCAUUAUGCACCAACAAAAACCGAACAUCUGAUAAUUGAUCCAACUAAACCUUAUUUAAUUGAUUCAGGGGCUCAUUAUCUUGAAGGUACCACUGAUAUCACUCGAACCUACAAGUUUGGAUAUCAUGGAUUGACUGAUCGUGAUAAAUUGUAUUAUACUUUAGUUCUUAAAGGUCAUUUAUCAUUGGCAAUGGCCAAAUUUCCUCCAAAUAGUAGUUCUACGGGGACAAUUUUGGAUGCAUUUGCUCGUCAGCCAUUAUGGAAUAAAGGGUUAGAUUUUAAUCAUGGUACUGGUCAUGGUGUUGCCAGUUUUGGUCCUGUCCAUGAAGGACCGUUAUAUAUUCUGACGACUUCUGGUGGUCCAUCAAAAGGGUUAUUCCAACCAGGAGCAAUAUUAACUGAUGAGCCUGGAUAUUAUGUUGAUGGUGAAGUUGGGUUUAGAAUUGAAAGUGAAUUGGAAGUGGUUGAAUGUGAUGGUUCUUUAGGGAAAACAAGACAAGGUGAAAAUUUCCUUGGAUUCAAUUAUUUGACAAAGGUACCUUUUUGCAGAAAAUUGAUUGAUACAACUCAAUUAUCUCCGAUUGAAAUUCAAUGGAUUAAUGAGUAUCAUCAAAGUAUCAGAGACGAUUUUGGUAGUAAAUUGUUAGAGCUAAACGAGAAAAAAGUUUACAGUUGGUUAUUGAACGAAACUGAACCCAUUUAG